GUACAGCCAUUUAUACGUUACCCAUGAACCACUGCGGCUAACGAUACAUUGAUUCGCGGGUGCACUCUUACUUGAAGUAGGUGUAUGAGGCGCAUCCUGUUUCCAGAGUUACCCCUUCACAAAGGUCUGUGAGGGCACAGCUAUUAUCAUUGAAAAAUGAAUAUUUUAUUGUCCCUGGGUGGUGACCCCGUCAUACAUACGAAAUGUGGAUGAUAAUCUUGCUCACACAUGUACCCUACUGGCGCAGAGCUUUCUGUGUUCGCGGGAUGUCGGUUGAUAAUCCCGCUUACUGUGCGGUCUUCCUGUGUAAUUCCAGUGCCAUUCUCACACGGCCAGAGUUGUCGCCCGGCGCGGACCCAUCAUGGCUGCCGGGGAAAGUCCUCUCGAAAAUGGAAGGCAACAUGGGGAGGACGACAGCGACUGGUCUGAUUUCGCUUCUGAUUGUUCUGCCACGAUCCCUGCCCUAUCCCCUAUCCAACAAGCAGAGAAAAAGCCUUUUCCUAGGAGAGACUCGGAAGCAUUCACGACUGUUUGCAAGACGACUAGGACUUGUUUUCCUGAUGAUUUUUUAUCCAGCAGGAGUUGGUUUGUAGGUGAAGAAGAGAGCGGAAGCAAAUGCGAUCGUAGAGGAAACAAGAUGUUCUUAGACGAAAGCUUGAGCACGUUACGACGACCAAGCCAGUUUCUUUUCCUUCAAUCUACUUGGAGGGGUUCAGCGACAGAAAGGCUGCUUCUAAAAUCACUGAACAUCAAAACUCCUAAAGAGGAAAAGCAAUCCAAAGCAGAUACUUCACCUUCUGCUCCUGUUCAAAGGUUCACUGAUCAUUUUGACUUUCAUCUUAUGACAAACAGAAACAUUGAAUUUCUAUCUUCAUCAAAACCAAGAAAAUGGAACUCUAUAAACUCAAAUACUGGCCCAAUUGCGCCAGAAAACCAACAUACUUUAGGGGACUUUGUCAAAAGCAGGGAAACUCCUACAACAAGUUCGACUUUAGAAUCACAGCCUAAUAUGAAUACAGAAGUCUGGUCUGACUCUGAUAAUAAUGACACAGAUGAGAUAUUUCUAUUAUUUGGACAACAGCUAACAGAAAAACCAACAAGUUUUGAUGAAACUCAAGCUGCAGCAGGUCUGCAUCAUUUGAGUUAUGAGGAACUACUGGAUUUAAGGGAUGAAAUGGCUGCCUAUGUCAAAGAAUAUUCAGAUGUUUUAGUUGAUGAACUAAUGGUAAAAGAUGAGCAACUCAGAGAACAAGAAAUAAAGAAUCUAUUUAUAUCGUCAUUGCUGGCUCUUCAGUCUAGACUAAGAGAGGUGCAGUCAAGUCAAGGAAGGAAGAAGACUGGACCAGCAGCACUCAAGUAUCUUACCACUGUUAUCCCAUAUGAUGAGCAAGCUGGGGGCCUACAAACAGGGGAUCUUGAGAAAAUCGUUGAAAUUAUGGAUGCAAUGGCUGAAGACAGUCCCAUGGUGCCAUCUCUACUAACAGACUACAUUUUAACAGUUUUAUGCCCAUAAAGAAGAAUCUGUGAAUCUAAUAUGUGGAAGUGCGGACUUCUCUCGUAUGGACAAGUAAAGUGCAUACCACUAUUACAAGAAUGCAUCUGUGAACUAUCUUAUUAAUAAGGCUGCUUACAAUAUGCACCUAACGGAUUUUGAUCUACUGUAGGUUAUAAUAGAUGGAUGACAA